AUGUCAUUGAAAAAUAUAAAAAACCCCUCUUUACAGAAAAACCGCUAAAACCUAAACCGUGAAAGCACGCCUAAAACCCUAAAUCGUGAAACUUGGAUUCACGAUUCUGGAGCGUUCUUUCGUUCGUGAUUCUCCUGCAUUCGGUUCUUCCACUUCCAGGGAUUAUAAUGGGUGUUUCCGGAAACUAUCAAAAUCAAAACUUGAUGCAACCCCCCUUUAUGCCAAACAUGCAACAACAACAACCACCCCGGUAUAUGAAUGCCCCGAAUCAGUUACAACAACAACAACCCCAAUAUAUGAAUCCCCCAAAUCAGUUACAACAUCAACCACCUCAAUAUAUGAAUGCCCCGAAUCAGUUACAACAACCACCCCAAUAUAUGAAUGUCCCAAAUCAGUUACAACAACCACCCCAAUACAUGAAUGCGCCUCCUCAUAUGGGUGCUUUAGGUUUUGCUCCUCAAAUUCAUGGACAAGGACAAUUACCUCAAGUGAAUCUGUCUCCAAUUCAAGGACAAAUUUUGGCUCAAAAUAUUGUCAAUUUGCUUAACCAACCUAAUAUGAACAUGAAUAUGAGUAUGCCUAAUGGUCCAAUGCAGAAUAUGAAUCAACAGUUACCUAUGCAAAUGCAGAGACCAAACCUUUCUCAACCUGUUCCAUAUGGUAUGCAUCCUGGUCAACAACAACAACAACAACGACCUAUCUAUGGGUUUCCUCCUCGUCCUAUGGUUCCUCAUAAUCCAAUGUUUUCUGGAAAUUCUCAAGUCAGGCCACAGAUUACCCCGAAUCCGGCAGGUGGGAACUCAAAUGGUUUUGUAUCGGGUCCUUUUCCACCUCAGCUGUUACAAGGGAAUAGUUCUGUGCCGCAUAAUGCAAGCAAUGCUCAAAGUUCUGUGCCGCAUAAUGCAAGCAAUGCUCAAAGUUCUGCAUUUAGGAAUUCACAUUCACAGGAAAAUCCUAGUAGCAACAUCAACACUAGUUUUGCAAACUCUAACUGGAAACGAUCGCCAAACAAUGACUUCAAAAACAAACAAAAUAGAGGGGGAUCUCAAGGAGGGUUCCAAAAGUCUAAGUUUCGUGAUAACAACAAAGGAAACAGGAGAGCAGAGUUUUCAAAAAAUCGUAAGGGUAGAGGUCCCAACAAUGAGAGAGCAGGAUCUUUUGGUUUAAAUUCCGAGGAACAUCAGCAGCAACCGAAAAGAUCCUUUUCUACGAUUUAUUCUGAGCAAGAAGUUCUACGAUGGCGUGAAUCACGGAGGAAGAAUCACCCUUCCAGAGAAAAAAAUGAGAAGAAGCCGAGUGAACAAUCGAAUGACUCCAAGUGCAUUGAUCGAGAGGUUCUACAAAGAGAGCUCAAAGAGGUUUUAGCAAAGCAAGCUGAGUUGGGAGUUGAAGUUGCCGAAAUACCUUCAUACUAUCUGAAGAAUGAUACAAAUCAAGGCCUUCAGAGUGAAGAGAAUACCAACAAAAGAAAAUUCAAAAACAAGGGAAAAAAGAAUCCGAAUAAAAAACGUCGGAACGGAAAGAAGCAGAAGCUGGCUGACAAAGAUUUCUCAGAAAACAAAAAGAAGAAGCCAAGUUUAUUACAGAAACUCUUGAGUGCAGAUAUAAAGAGGGAUCAUAGCUACCUGUUUCAGGUAUUCAGGUUCAUGAAAGCGAAUUCGUUCUUGAAAGAUUAUCCCGAUAAGCCUCUGGUAUAUCCAUCGGUUUCGGUGAAAGAAAUGGGGGGUGAAGUUUAUGAUGGAAAAAAAGAUGUUAUUGAAGAUGGUACCAAGGGAGUAGUUGAAACAUUUGUAAAAGAAAGUGAUGAUGAUGAUGAUGAUGGUGAUAAUGGAGAUGGAAUGGUUGAGUUUGAGGAAGAGGAGGGGGAGAUUUUAGAGUGAAGUUUGAAGUUUUGUUUUGAAUAGGAAAGAUUGUAAUGUUGUGUUAAACCAUUUUUUGUGUCCAUCAUUGUUUAUUACAAUGUUGAGGGGCAUGAAGGUUCACUAGAGUUAUUGGGAAUUUAUAUCAGAUAUUCAUGCUUAUAAUAUAUUCUCAAUAAUGUUAUUAAUGUUUUGUAUAUGGUAAAUUGUCAAUAUUA